AUGGCGGAGGAGGCCGCAGGCACGCGCAUCGACGAGAUGUCGCACCCGACGGGCGCUCUGCGCAUUACACCUCCGAGGGAGUACGAUGGAGCAGCGGCGGGGUGCACGGGAUUCCUGCUUCAACUAGACCUCUACCUGGCCACCGUUCGGCCCGGCUCCCUCGGACGAGGAGAGCUGUUGCUUCAGGGGGAGGUGGCCCAGCUCCAGGAGGAGGUGCACCUGCUCAGGCAGAUGAAGGAUAUAAGUAAGGACCUGGAGGAAGGCCAAGGAGGCUGCUCUGCUGACAUGCUCUCGGCCACUGAACUCCGUGUGCAGCUGGCCCAGAAGGAGCAGGAACUGGACCAUGCUCAGGAGGUACUGCAGGCGAUGAAGGCGGACCCGAAGCAUUUGAAGGCGGAGAAAGCAUAUCUCGUCAACCAGAUGCAGCAGCUCUAUGCCACGCUGGAGAGCCGAGAGAAGCAGUUAAGGGACUUCAUCCACAACUACGAACAGCACAGAAAAGAGAGUGAGGAUGCAGUGAAGGCGCUGGCUAAGGAGAAGGACCUGUUGGAAAGGGAGAAGUGGGACCUGCGGCGGCAGACCAAGGAAUCCACAGAGUAUGCCGGCGCCCUGCGCUCCCAACUGGACCUGAAUGAGAACCGGAUCAAGGAGCUGGAAGCAGAGUUGGCCAUGGUGAGAACACACACCUACAGUGGUUCUUCCUUUAAAAGUGACGAGCUUAUGCCGUGA